GAGGGUCUGUGUGCUUGAGCACGAAGCGGUGGUCCCAACCAGCGCUGCCUCUGCGCUUCCUGUGCGCGGAGCUGACAGUCCUCCUUGCGUAGGCACUGCACCUCGCCCCCCCUCGUGGCCCCGCCCCCAUGGCGCUGAGGCUAUAAGGCGUGGAGGGCGGCUCAACCUCGACGACGCCCUUGCCUCCCGAUGGCCCGGUGCACGAAGCUGGUGAUGGGCGCCCUGGCUCUGUGCCUGCUGCUAGGGCCUCCCAGCCUCGCAUGGUACAAGCCGUCGGCAGGGUUCCGCUACUACUCAGUGGGCCGUGCGGCAGGGCUGCUGUCAGGCUUCCGCGGGGCUCAGUCUGCACGGCGCUCCGAACCUGUAGAUGGCUUAGUAUUCCCACGCUCACGCCGAGCCGCCGCCUCCGGGGAGCUGCGCCCGGGCCUGCAGACCCUUGCGAGUGUGCGCGGGUGGCCCCCCACGGCCAUGUGCAUCCAGGACGUCGCCCCACACCUACAAAACUGCGAGCAGCUCCGCGAUGACCGCGGGACCUUCCAAUGCACCGCCAACGUCUUCCUGUCGCUGAGCACCGCAGACUGCCGCCGCGCCUGAGCCUCAGACCCCAAGCCCUCACCCAGCUUGCCCCGGUGGGUGCCCGAUGCCCACUGGCCCGCUCGUGGACCCCCAGGCCCUGCCGCGGAGAAUGGCACCCUGCACCCUCCUACCCGCCCCCGACCCCUGUGGUUAAGUGGAUAAAGGAGAAGCAG